GGCGUGUGGUGGUAAAUCAGACUUUUCCUAUGUAGGGUGUAAACCGUAUGAAGGUCUGGCCGGGGGAGUGUGCAUUUCAUUGCAAAAGCUAUAUAUAAUUAAAUGGUAGCUUGUUUCCACAUUAUAACGGAAUAAAAAAACAGCAUCCAGCCGCUGAGUGCGCGGCCCGUCCCAGUGUUCCGCCCCCUAACAUGUCCGAGGACAGGCUCCUGUUUUCCUGCGAGGAUCCAGCGCUAUGGAGGCGGAUCUAUAAAAGUUACUGGCGAGUGGUGGAGCUGAAGUCGAUGGCUAAGGGGAAGAAGCCGGGCAAACUGCUCCCCCUGGAUAAAUGGUACCAGGAUGAGCUGCCUAAAGCGAUUGCCAGCCGGCCGCAGCGGUUCCUGACGCACCCGGAGCUGCUCAAGGUGAUGGAGUGGAAGCUCACUAGGGGGAAAUUCCGGCCGAGGCUACAGCAGUUGGUGGCCACCAAUCCCAGCGAGACCGUGGAAAAGUGCACCAAGAAGGCCUUCAGUCUGCUGCCGGACAUCCAGGCGGCCAUCACGGAGCUCAGCUCUCUGAAGGCCUUGGGGCCUGCCACCGCAUCAGCAGUUCUGGCUGCUGGCUCUCCUGAGCUCGCUGCCUUCAUGGCUGACGAGGCGGUGGAAAGCAUUCCGUACUUAAAGCCCGUUCAGUACACAGCCAAGCAUUACUCUCUGUACCUGCAGAGGGUGGUGGAGCGGAGCUGCUCGCUCAACGAAGAAUGUCCAGUCUGUUCUUCACUUUUGGGUCACCUGACAGAACACAGAAACACUAAGGCUUUGCUAAGUGACUGGCCACUCUCCUCUCCUUCCAUCCAGCGGACAGUGAAAAGAACUGGACACCCCACAAGGUGGAGCUCUGUCUGUGGGCCUGGGCUGUGGCCGGUCAGCUGCAGCCCUCCCUGCUCCAAGAGCUCUGCAAGGAGGAGAGCCCUGAGGAGGCUGUGGAGAGCAGCAGGAGACCAACCAAGAGGCAGAGGACCAACUAGACUAUACCUACCAUGUUACUGCUCUUUGUUUUUAUCCACAUUUAAAGAAUAAAUAUGUGAACAAACCUUACAAACAUUUCUGAAUCAAAGGACUGUCCUAAAAAGUCAAAUGUUGCACUAAAAGCUAAAUACAGUUGUUUAUUUUUUCAAUACCCACUUUUGUAUAAUAAACUACUUACAGUGCAGACAUUC